ACAAAUCACAACCUUUAGGGGUUCUCUCACUCACCCCACCCAUAUUCGCUGUUUUCAUUGAGAGAGAGAGAGAGAGAGAGAGAGAGAAAACGAGGAGGAGAAAAUGGCGGAGGUCGUGCUCGUCUUUGCGGCGUAGGAAGGGAAAGCUCGUUUUUCUUUCUCCAAAUUUGAAAUGGCUGCGGUUGUUUCCUUCUCUCUCGUCCCCUCUUCUCUGGGCUUCCCCUGCGAUGGCCGCCCCUCCAUCUCUGCUCAUUCCUCCGCAUUCUUCGAUGGCGGCACCAGUCUCAGGUCUCUCAAGAGCGUUUUAUCUGUUUCACCCUCUACUAAUCGGAAUCUCCGCCGAUUUUCUCGCCGUUCGGUCAUCGUUUUCGCUGCUUCCGGCGACUAUUACGCCACUCUCGGUGUUCCCCAAUCCGCUACUGGCAAGGAAAUCAAAGCUGCGUAUCGCCGCCUUGCUCGCCAGUAUCACCCUGAUGUCAACAAGGAACCUGGAGCAACGGAAAAAUUCAAGGAGAUCAGUGCAGCUUAUGAGGUGUUAUCAGAUGAUAAAAAGAGAGCAUUAUACGAUCAAUACGGUGAAGCUGGUGUCAAGAGUACUGUUGGAGGAGCUUCCGGUGCUUACACGACAAAUCCGUUUGACCUUUUCGAGACAUUCUUUGGGGCAAGUAUGGGUGGGUUUCCCGGGGUGGACCAAGCUGAAUUUGGACGAACCCGUCGCAGUACAAUUAUCAAAGGUGAAGACUUACGAUAUGAUAUCACCUUAGCACUAUCCGAGGCUAUAUUUGGAUCUGAGAAAGAAUUUGAGCUUUCCCAUCUGGAGAUAUGCGAAGCUUGUGCUGGUACUGGAGCAAAGGCAGGAUCCAAAAUGAGGAUAUGCUCCACAUGUGGUGGCCGGGGUCAAGUUAUGAGAACUGAGCAAACACCAUUUGGUUUGUUUUCACAGGUGUCUAUAUGUCCAAACUGCGGUGGGGAUGGUGAGGUAAUUUCCGAAAGUUGCCGGAAAUGCUCUGGCGAAGGACGUGUACGCAUCAAGAAAAGCAUCAAGGUCAAAAUUCCUCCAGGUGUCGGUGCAGGUAGCAUCCUUAGGGUUGCGGGAGAAGGUGAUGCUGGGCCAAGAGGAGGUCCUCCAGGAGAUUUGUUUGUAUAUCUUGAUGUUGAAGAUGUUCCCGGAAUCCAAAGGGAUGGCAUAAACCUUUUAUCUAUCUUGUCAAUCAGUUACCUUGAUGCUAUAUUGGGCACAGUUGUUAAGGUUAAAACAGUUGAAGGAGACACCGAACUACAGAUACCUGCAGGUACCCAACCUGGUGAUGUGCUGGUCCUGGCAAAGAAAGGUGCACCAAAACUCAAUAGACCGUCAAUACGUGGUGACCACUUGUUUACUGUCAAAGUUACUAUACCAAAUCGAAUUAGUGCAAGUGAACGGGAGUUGCUAGAAGAACUUGCAUCCCUGAGUAAUACACCUGGUAGCCGCUCACGAACUCGCUCUAAACAACAGCAGCCCGCCGUUCAAAGCUCUGCAUCCUCGAGCUCGCAACAUGGGACGGGUGAAGCUGUAGAGAAAAGCAAAGAACCCGAGAAAGAAAACGAUGUUUGGAAGAGUAUUAAAGAUCUUGCAGGGUCCGUUGCGAGUGGAGCUCUAAAAUGGCUUAAAGACAACCUCUAGGGUUCCACAUGUUCGACUAACAAAACACAAAGGCCUCAGUACGUUAAGGUCUAGAAAUCUCAGUUAUGGUCGGAAAAUGUUUCAGUGUUUUUGAAUGAUCAUCACAUCUGAGAAUAUUUUGAUAUUUUUGGGUCUCAAUUUGGGGUGAGGUCUUGAUUCCUUUUAUGUACAGUGAAGAUUAAAUUGUACCCUCUGCUGCGAAUGAUUCCUCUCGUAUACUUGUGGUUUCUAUAAUUCGAUUUGAAUGUCCA